AUGGUGUUAGCUGAUUUAGGAAAACGUAUCAAUAAUGCAGUGACGAAUGCGAUUUCUAAUGAGCAAACCGAUUAUGAGACUACUGUCCAAUCGAUGCUCAAGGAAAUUGCUACUGCAUUGUUAGAAAAUGAUGUAAACAUUAGGUUGGUUUCUAGACUUCGUGAAAACAUCAAGAACACUUUGUUAUCCAAUGCUAACGUUAAUGCCAAAUUUACAAACGCUCAAACGAAGAAACUAAUCCAAAAGACUGUAUUUGACGAACUUUGUAACUUGGUGGACUGUGAAGUGACCUCUCCAUUUCAACCUAAGAAGAGACAGAGCAACGUUAUCAUGUUUGUUGGUUUACAAGGUUCUGGUAAGACCACUUCUUGUACAAAGCUAGCGGUGUAUUACUCAAAACGUGGUUACAAAGUUGGUUUAGUUUGUGCUGAUACUUUCCGUGCCGGUGCAUUUGAUCAGUUGAAACAAAAUGCCAUCAAGGCCAAGAUUCCAUUCUACGGCUCUUAUACAGAACCUAAUCCAGUCAAAGUUGCAAAAGAUGGUGUGGACAAGUUCAAGAAGGAAAAGUUUGAAAUUAUAAUCGUCGAUACCUCUGGUAGACAUCAACAGGAAGAUUCUCUAUUCCAAGAAAUGGUUGAAAUAUCGCAAGCUGUCAAACCAAAACAGACAAUUAUGGUUCUUGAUGCAUCCAUUGGUCAAGCCGCAGAACAUCAAUCUAAGGCUUUCAAAGAAAGUGCAGAUUUCGGUUCCAUUAUUUUAACUAAGAUGGAUGGUCAUGCAAGAGGUGGUGGUGCAAUCUCAGCUGUAGCAUCCACAAAUACUCCAAUUAUCUUUAUUGGUACUGGUGAACACAUCCAUGACUUUGAAAAGUUCUCUCCCAAGUCGUUUGUUUCUAAGCUUCUCGGAAUUGGUGACAUCGAAUCUUUGAUGGAACGUUUCCAAACAGUAUCUGACCAAGAUGAUGCAAAGAAUACUUUAGAGAAUAUCCAACAGGGUAAAUUCACUCUACUUGAUUUCAAGAACCAGAUGCAAACAAUAAUGAAGAUGGGUCCCCUAUCAAACAUCGCGAAUAUGAUUCCUGGUAUGGGGAAUAUGCUUAACCAAUUCUCAGAAGAGGAAACUUCAAAGAAAAUGAAGACAAUGGUGUAUAUUUUUGAUUCAAUGACCAAGAAGGAACUUGAAUCGGACGGUAGAAUCUUCAUCGAUGAACCUAGUAGGUUGGUAAGAGUGGCAAAGGGUUCCGGAACAACGGUAUUUGAUAUUGAAAUGCUUUUAAUGCAACAACAGAUGAUGGCAAGAAUGGCGCAAACAACUAAACAAAUGGGAGGACUCCCAACAAAAGGCGGAAUGCCACCAAAGGCAGGUAUGCCUUCUAUCCCUGGUAUGCCAUCAAUCCCUGGUAUGCCAAAUAUCUCUCCACAAAUGAUGCAACAGGCUCAACAGCGUAUGAGACAGAAUCCUGGUAUGAUGAACAAGAUGAUGAGUAUGAUGAAAGGAUCUGGAGGUGGUAUGCCAAACAUGCAAGAUAUCAUGGGAAUGAUGCAAGAUCCAAGUAUGCAAGAAAUGGCCAAGCAAUUUUCUGGGGGAAUGUAG